AUGGGAGGCCAGACACCUCCUAAAAGUCAAAUACAAAAAGCUCCAUCGAACAAUGACACAUUAAAUAGAAAUGACCCUAAUAAUAACGGUUAUGUCAAACCACCUAGUUAUGGCGCAAAUCUUGGAGUAAAGGCUUAUAAUACUCCGCCAGACUCAAAUGAAUUUCACAAAAGAACUCCACCAAUUGGUGUUGACGCUACACCAACUUCCAUAAGUGUCACAUAUGGUCGAGCACCACAGAAUUCUACGCAAGAAACUCGUCCACAAAAUCCAAUGAAACAAGAGACACGGGUUGUACAACAUCAUGAACGUGGCGAUAAUAACCAAGGGACGCCACCAACGAACCAGAAUGCAUAUUACGAAAUUCAAAAUAAAGCUCCAUCAACAAUGCAUAAUAAUCAUCCAAGUUCAAUUCCACCGCAAGUAAAUUCUAUGUAUAAUGCACCACAAAAUCAAAAUAACACGUACAACCAAAACCAAACGUAUCCGACAAGUCAACCUUCCCAGUUUUCAUCUGGAGAAUAUGGAAAUGAAUUUGCAAAACCUAACAAUUCCGAAUAUUAUGGUCAACAGCAACCUCCACCGUAUCAAAAUCAACCUUAUCCACCUCCACCUUCUCAAAAUCAACCUUAUCCACCUCCACCUUCUCAAAAUCAACCUUAUCCACCUCCACCUUCUCAAAAUCAACCAUAUCCACCUCCACCGUAUCAAAAUCAACCUUAUCCACCUCCACCUUCUCAAAAUCAACCUUAUCCACCUCCACCUUCUCAAAAUCAAAUAUAUCCACCUCCACCUUCUCAAAAUCAACUUUAUCCACCUCCACCUCAAAAUCAACCUUAUCCACCUCCACCUCAAAGUCAACCUUAUCCACCUCCACCUCAAA